AAAACUAAUAGCAAAUUACUACUGGUAGUAAUACUUUUUCAUCUUAUUAUUAUUGACUCUUAUUUGGUGUCAUAUUUCUGUUUUAUUUCUGAAUUCUUAGUGAUGCCAGAGAUUGCGGCUAGAAUUUAUUGCUUAUAAAAUAGGAUUCAGCUGCGCUUUGUAUUAGCCUCAUUCACAGAGGGGAUUGGUGACCUUUGCUAUGUCUUAUAUAUAAUGGAAUCGUCGUUAUUUCUUUAGCCAAUUGGGUGCUGAAGCCUGAAAGCCUCUGGCUUAAUCUUACCCGGCCUGUUUGGCAUUUUGAUUGAUGCUCCCGUGGCUCCCUCCAUCCGGCAGGCUUGCUCUAAGCCAAAAAGGAGGUAGGGAAAAACGACAAACGACUGAAGUUCAGUGUUUCUUACACAUGCUCACGCACUCGUGGUUUUGAGACAGCGAGGAUACAAGCAAUAAGCCGCGCUCCUGUAGCUGCGUGAACAGGCGCGGCGCGGAGGAGUUCUGGGAGCGCGUGCCUUUUUCGGGACCAUGGAUCAUAACAUAGGUGCACAUCUCCACCACACACACGUAGACUCCAUCAGCUUCGGUAUAGAUCAGAUUCUCAACAAUGCCGAGCAAGGGAGCUGUAUGAUCUCUAACCCCAGGAUGCAAGACUUGGACUACGGGCUGGGGAGCAUUGUGAGCAAUGCCUACAACACCAUGACGGGCAACUACAACGGCAAUAACACCGGCGGAUAUAACAGCAAUGCGUGCAGCGCUGCACCGCUCGGUGGCUCGUACAACAUGAACGUUGGCGUGAACGGGAACGGAAACGGCCUGAAUGCGUCCGGGGUGAUCCGUGUACCCGCACACCGGCCACUCAACAGCGUGCACUCCUCCAUUCCCACAAGCGGAGCCUCCAUGCACAACAUGGCAGGCAUGGGCACUCUGAACAACCUCACGGGAUUAACAUUUCCCUGGAUGGAGAGUAACAGGAGGUAUACCAAAGACAGGUUUACAGUGGCGCUCUCACCCUUCACUGUAACACGCCGUAUAGGUCACCCGUACCAGAACCGCACUCCACCGAAAAAGAAGAAGCCGAGGACGUCGUUCACGCGCCUGCAGAUCUGCGAGCUGGAGAAACGCUUUCACCGCCAGAAGUACCUGGCUUCAGCGGAGAGAGCCGCUCUGGCAAAAGCACUUAAAAUGACUGAUGCACAAGUCAAAACAUGGUUCCAGAACAGAAGAACAAAAUGGAGGAGGCAGACGGCGGAGGAGAGAGAGGCCGAGAGGCAGCAGGCGAACCGCUUAUUAAUGCAGCUGCAGCAAGAAGCUUUUCAAAAGACUCUAAACCAGCCUGUAACUCCAGACCCGAUCUGCUUGCACAACAGCUCCCUGUUCGCCCUGCACAACCUGCAGCCAUGGACUGAUAACACCAACAAAAUCAGCAGCGUCUCCACCUGCGACUAGCAACACCGACUCUCUCUCCCCUUUUGUAGGUUCAUCUAACUAGAUCUAGCUCUCUAUAAUUUAACAAGACCGACGUCACCUUUUCACUACCUAUUACUAUUACUGUGUUUAGCCUGCAGGAGAGCAGGUUUAUUUCUUCACGGCUUGUUCUGGUCUCCAGUCUGAACGAAAACUGAACGAAUUAUUAUACCACGUGUUUGUAAGAUAAGGGUUUUAUUGGCGUACACACACGUGUAGUAGGCUAUAUUUUUAUAUACAGCAUUUUUUGCACUUUUACUCUUCACUGCAUUGUAGAUUAACAUGGCGCGCGAAUCACACAAGUCUUAGGUUUAGUUGCAACGACAUUUUUAAAGCUGAACAGAAAAUGGACUUCAAAAAUCAGGUUUCAAGCACUUAUUCUGAAGGAAUGAUGGUCAAAAAUAUAUCCGAAAUCAGACAGAUUUAUCAGAAACGAACCCUGUUUUAACACCGAGUCUUCUCUUUCUUUGCUGUCCUUGUGAAUGAGACAGCUGGAUUAUAUACACAGCUGUAUAUAUUAUUUUCAUUUAACUGAUUUGUUCAGAUAGUUUUUAACACCGAAUUUAACUUUUAUUUCAUUUUUUUUUAACUUCAAGCAACAUUUUAAUACUGACAUUCCAUAGCAAGACAAAUUUUUACAUAGAUGUUGGAUUUCAUUUCGGAGUGAAUGACUGUAUGUUUUGGUUGCAUGAUAAAUGUCUGUCCUCCUCAUUGUAUGGGGAAUGUAACGGUGUGUGUUUGUGAUAUUAACUAUAUGCAGAUGUGAGAGUGCGUUUGAAAUUUUCCAUGGCCAUAUACUGCAGGAGUAUCAUGUUAAGGUCUAUUCCAAAUGCUAUACAGUGCAUUAAAUGUAUCCUUUAAAAAAUGACAAAAUAUUAAGACAUGGGAAUCAAGAGGAAAAGCAACAUCAACCCAAGCAAAACAAAAAUCUCUUGUCAUGGUGAGAUGUCCAUAAGCAAGCAAAGAAAGACUGAUUUUAUGAAGAAUUCAAGAUUCCACCAUAACUGGUUUCUGUCUGUUUUAAUAAAUAUUUAAUGUUUCACGUCCCUUUUUCCACAAGCUGUAAUGCAGUUUUACAGGAAUCCAUCAUUGCAAAUAUAGCUGCAUUCCAACUUUCCAUGGAACAAUUCGAUGCUGUACAUAGGUAGUAACAAUUCCAGCAUGCACCAAGUUUCUAGACAAACAGGAGGUUUUGGACCUUCAUAAGCUGUGGGGGUGGGUGGGUGGGGGGGAUUAAAACAAAGUAUAUGUUAUGCUGACUUGUUUUUACUAGAAACUUUGUGUACUAUGCUAUUUUUAUUACCUCUACAUUCUUUUAAAAAGUAAAGUACACUGCAGUACAAUAUGUGGUGGUCAGAGAUCAUAACGUCUGUGUGAAUAAAAUUCUUGAAAAGUGGACAUAAUGAAUUGGUAGGCUAUAUAUUCAGUUUAUAUAAAAGGUCGCCCAAACAAAUAAAAAAUAUAUUGGUGCCUAUUCUAUUUUUUGUUUUAAAAAAUAUUUUACAGUCAUUUUUAUUUUUACAUGCUGUCAUUUACAUGCUCUCCUACAUUUUUGUCUAUUAAAUGUUUACAAUUGUAAAGCGAAUUUAUUAAGCUUGUAGGACUGUAAUCAUGAGAAAAAAACAUGCUGGGACACAUAAAAACCAUUUGAUAAUUAUCUCUAGAUAUAAAAGAUGUCUUACAAAAAAGAACCCUCCAAGAUUUCUUCAAAAGUUACUUGGAUAAAAUACUGCUUGGAAUACUUUCUGAUAGUGAAAAUCUUCUCCCGAGGAACAACGUGGACAACCAUUAAGGUUUACAUUUAUUCUGAGUGUCUACUCAUGUGGGAAUAUCUUUUUUUUUUUUUUUUUUUUUUUGCAUUUAUGUUU